GAAAGAAGAGCGACUCCCCAUUCCGGUAGAUGGCAGUGCCGCACGUUCUUCAUGCUGCGAGGCUCGUGUUUGCGGAAGUAAAUCCACGAGUUUCACGGGUCUGCGCCACGGCCGUGGGGGUAACGGUAGUUGCGGCGAAGGUCCCUCUUCUGUUGUAAAAAUGACGGCGAGUAAAUGAAGUCGUUGCAGUGAGCAUUACGAGAAUAGGAUACUACUCUAUCCGAACCAGGGUCCACUAGUGGACAGUUUGGCUACUGAUAUUACCCUGUCACUCAACCGACUGCGCGAGCCACCUCUUUGGGAGAACAAGCUCAUGAGACUGGCUCCGAAAAGCAGGACACACUGUCUGUGAGCAUGGCCCGACCUCUCCAGGUCCUCUCCCUCCUCUCCAGGCUCGGUGCUCUGUCAGUGACUCCCGCGAACAGCUGUCGAUUGGCAAGCAGUGGCGCCAGCGGGGCACGGAAGGGACAGGGCCAUGGGAACAGAGACAGAGCAUCGAGCAGAGCUCCAAGAUACAACGACGAGACGUCUGAUGAGGAAUUAGGACUGGAGGAUGUGGAAGACAAGCUCCAGGCCUUGGUUGAUGAAGGGAGGAAGAGGCAGAGGACUGUGAAAUACCAUAUACUGAGGAGGCAGAUGACUCUAACAGGAGCUCCACGGAGGAAGCUAACCUGGGAUGCUAUAGAGCAGAUCAGGUACCUGAAGCAAGAGCAACCAGAGGAGUGGUCAGUAGAGCGUCUGGCUGAGGGCUUCUCUGUCGCCCCUGAUGUCAUCCUGAGGGUCCUCAGGAGCAAGUUUGUCCCUGCUCCUGAAAGAAAAGAUGAGCAGGAUGCUAAAGUAAUGGCUGGACUGAGUCAAAAGGUGCUGCCUUCAGGUGCUGGGGCAGGGCAGGACAGGCUGAAGCUGCCUGGGAACUAUACACCAGCCACACUCCCUGCUGGAAGCAGAGAAGGUGCUUUAAUCCCUGUGGCUGACCAGACUCUGAUGAUUCGAGGAGAAGCCUCAGGACCCCUGGCUAAGAGUCCUGCCCCCGUUACUGUUCUGCCCACCCAGUUCACAGCUGGUAUUAGUAGAGAAGCCACAGUGACAAGAUCAACAGAAGAAGAGAGGCCUACCAACACAAAUCCAACAGGGGAGGACACAGAGGAGGAGAGCUGGGACGGAAAGGUGUUGACAGAAGAGCAACUUGAAGAGUUUAUGGAAAUGGAGAAGCCCGCUCCUGUGGUGCAAGCUGGGAAUGAAUUCUUUGAUGCAGAGGGCAACUUUUUGUAUAGAAUCUGAGGACUUUCUGUUGAACUCUCAGCUAACAAUGUGUGAUGCUCAGGGUUGGCAUUACCACACAUAAUAAUAAUAAACUCUGCGACUUUUGGAACAGAUCAUUACUGUACAAGCUAUGCAGGGAAAAUUAAAAAAAAAUAUUCUUUUGUAUCAUAGCUGUUUACUGACCUAUUUGUUUUUUUUUCAUUUAUUGUAUAUUUAUUCAUAAAUAUGGAAAUAGUGAAAUAAAUCCUGAAUUAAUUCAGCUUUUGUGAGAUAAGACAGCGAUGAAACUUCUGCGUUUGUACCCCAAGGCAAAAUAGCCGCAGCCAUUUGAGGAAACUGAAUGGGUUGUGGUAACUGAUCCCUUUGUAAACAGUGACUGGCUGAGGCAGCCAGCAAUAGCAAGGCAUUCCAAAAUUAUGGGAUAUUUUUUGCCCAAGGCUCAAUUUUCUUG